AGACUUGCCUAAAAAUAUGAUUUUGUUAAGUUGUAAAUUGGAGUCUGAGAGAAAGACAAGCUGCCUUCCAGACAUAGUCCAUAAUUAGAUGGCACAGUUUCUUUUUUGCUGUCUUCUAUUUUCUAUUUAUGAUAUAUACACAUCAGUAUUGAGUUUCACAUCUGUGGAUCAACAAGAUGGUUGGUUUAAGUAGAGUAUCUAGGCUUCAGAAAUUUGUGGUAUCCAUGCAAGCUAGAGGUAUUUUUUGCUAAUACAAUACUUAUUAACAAUUUGCUUAUAAGAAGUUGUCAUUAAUCUUGUACAAGGGGCAGCAAGGUGUAAAGAACUCUGAACUUGAAGGCAGAGUCCCCUGGUUCAAUUGGCUCCUACAAACAGUGUUGGCACCUUGAGUAUAUCCGUCUUCCUGGCCUGUUUGCAUCUCUGUAAAUGUCAGUGUGAGAAUCAAGUCAGUGUGAGAAUCAAGUGAGAUAAAGAGUAGAGCUUUUUAAAUGUUCUAUUAUUGAAAGGUGGUUCCCCAAAUAUCUCUAAUUUUGCAUGUCUUAGAGUAGGAACUCCCAGAAACAAAAAGAAACAAAAAGUCCCCUACGUGAACCAGUGAUAUGGAAUGUGAAAGCCCUGAAAUAUCCUCCACCUCCCCAUAGAUGUAUCUGUCAGAACCAACACAAGGACUGGGCAAAAGGACUCCAGCAAAGAAAAUUGAAGGACACACUAAAGUACAUAAAGUGUUGUGUUUACUCACUAUCCUGCCCCACCCUCCAACCCCCUGCCAUUUGGAUGAGAGGCUGGGAUGAUUAUUUUCCUUCCCCAAAGUCCUAACAUGCGUCCGCCUUCCUUACCCUUCAGGGACUACUGUAUGCUAGGGCAAGAGAGGACACCGAAUUUGGGUGCUUCGAUGACAACCACAGCCGAGCAGGUGGAAUGGAGAGCGAGCUAAGGAGGUUGCAGAGACCAGAACUGAGAUUCGGUAGGCAGGACUUGUUAGGAGUUGGAAGUGAGUUGUGCAGAAUCAAACAAAACUACCGAGGACCAGAACUUGAUUUUCUUUUUUCCUUUUAUGGGGUUAGCGACUCUUAGGUGGGCAGCCGAGGUGACUUCAGAAACAUUCCCACCCGCUCCUCUCUUUGGGCUUCUUAGCGUUCUUCCCACGGAUGCUCUGGAGGAACACGGCGGAGGAGGGACCUUCCCGAGAGCUUCCGAGUGAUUGGCUACUCCAUCUCACUAAGAGGCGAACGCGGUGUGGUCCAGCUGGGGCGGGGGAGAAGGGGCGGAGCGGUCUCUCCUAGUGCAGCUUUAGUGGCAGCUCCGGCGGUGGGUACCCGGAGCGCGGGUAGAGGGCGCAGCGCUUGGCACGCACUGCGCGCUCGGAGCCAUGUACGGCCGCCGCGCUUAACAGUCCGAGCCUGCGGCCAGCCCCGCUCACCUCCGCUUCUGCCCCUGGGCCGGGCAGCGUCGUGCCGUCUGUCAUUUUCCGCGCGCAGCGCGCACCUAUGGCGCUGGCCCCCAGACUCCGGGCGCCCGCGCUCGGGACUCUGACCACCUUGCUGUUGCUGCUGAUGCCGCCGCCGCCGGCGCCUCUGGGGCUUUUCCCCCACAUGGCCGCGGGGCUGGAUUACUCCUGGGACACUGCCUUUGAUUACUCGGUGCUGGAAGAAGGGGACGAUGCCCAGGAGCCGCUAGAUUAUCACGACCCCUGCAAAGCUGCUGUCUUUUGGGGAGAUAUUGCACUAGAUGAAGAUGACCUGAAGCUAUUUCAUGUUGAUAAAACUAUCAAUUCAUCCAAGCCUUCGAUAGAGAGAACUGGACAUACCACAGGUGGCCUUGGAGAACAGCUUCAUGAAAUCGGGCUGAAUGCCACAACUUCCAAUCAUAAUACCAAGAAAGUUAAAAAGGGUGGCAGGCAGAACUCCAUGCUUCCAUGGAGACCCAAGAAAAAAGGACCAAAGGCUUCUCCUGCUACACCUGUGGAGUCAUCACCCCGAGUCCGAAGGGCAACGACUUCAAGGACUGAGAGGAUAUGGCCUGGAGGGGUGAUUCCUUAUGUCAUUGGAGGAAAUUUCACAGGGAGCCAGCGGGCCAUUUUUAAACAGGCCAUGAGACACUGGGAGAAACACACCUGUGUGACCUUUAUUGAGAGAACAGAUGAGGAAAGUUUCAUUGUGUUCAGUUACAGAACAUGUGGAUGUUGUUCCUAUGUUGGGCGCCGAGGUGGAGGUCCCCAGGCCAUAUCCAUUGGGAAGAAUUGUGAUAAGUUUGGUAUUGUGGCUCAUGAACUUGGCCAUGUGGUUGGGUUCUGGCAUGAACAUACUCGGCCUGACCGAGACCAGCAUGUAACUAUCAUCAGAGAAAAUAUCCAGCAAGGUCAGGAGUACAACUUCCUAAAAAUGGAAGCUGGGGAGGUGAAUUCGCUGGGAGAGACGUACGACUUUGACAGUAUCAUGCAUUAUGCCCGGAACACGUUCUCAAGAGGAGUUUUCUUAGAUACAAUUCUCCCCCGUCGAGAUGACAAUGGUGUGCGACCGACCAUUGGCCAACGGGUUCGGCUCAGCCAGGGAGACAUAGCCCAAGCCAGGAAGCUGUACAAGUGCCCAGCCUGUGGAGAGACUCUGCAGGACACAACAGGGAACUUUUCUGCACCUGGUUUCCCAAAUGGUUAUCCUUCCUAUUCCCAUUGUGUCUGGAGGAUCUCUGUCACUCCUGGGGAAAAGAUUAUUCUGAAUUUCACAUCUAUGGACCUGUUUAAAAGUCGCCUGUGUUGGUAUGAUUACGUAGAGGUCCGAGAUGGUUACUGGAGAAAGGCCCCACUUUUGGGUAGAUUUUGUGGUGACAAAGUGCCAGAACCCCUCAUCUCCACUGAUAGUCGCCUUUGGGUUGAGUUCCGAAGCAGCAGCAACAUCCUGGGCAAGGGUUUCUUUGCAGUCUAUGAAGCUAUAUGUGGGGGAGAAAUUAACAAAGAUGCUGGCCAGAUCCAGUCUCCCAAUUACCCAGAUGACUACCGGCCAUCUAAGGAAUGCAUUUGGAAGAUCACUGUUUCUGAGGGGUUUCAUGUGGGGCUGACUUUCCAGGCAUUUGAGAUUGAGAGACAUGACAGCUGUGCCUAUGACUACCUGGAAAUUCGGGAUGGUGCCACAGAAGACAGUGUUUUGAUUGGUCACUUCUGUGGCUAUGAGAAACCAGAUGAUAUCAAAUCCAGCUCCAACAAAAUGUGGAUGAAGUUUGUAUCGGAUGGCUCUAUCAAUAAAGCAGGGUUUGCUGCCAAUUUUUUUAAGGAAGUUGAUGAAUGUUCCUGGCCAGACAGGAAUGGGUGUGAACAGCGCUGUGUGAAUACACUGGGCAGCUACAAGUGUGCUUGUGAUCCUGGCUUUGAAUUGACAGCUGAUAAGAAGACUUGUGAAGUGGCCUGUGGUGGCUUCAUGACCAAGCUUAAUGGAACCAUUACUAGCCCUGGAUGGCCUAAAGAAUACCCCACAAAUAAAAACUGUGUAUGGCAAGUGGUGGCUCCAGCUCAGUACAGAAUCUCCCUCCAGUUUGAAGUGUUUGAGCUAGAAGGCAAUGAUGUUUGUAAAUAUGAUUAUGUGGAAAUCCGAAGUGGGUUGUCCUCUGAUUCCAAGCUUCAUGGAAAGUUUUGUGGCUCUGAGAAGCCUGAGGUAAUUACCUCCCAAAGCAACAACAUGAGAGUCGAGUUCAAAUCAGACAACACUGUUUCUAAACGUGGCUUCAAAGCCCACUUCUUCUCAGACAAAGAUGAAUGCUCUAAGGACAAUGGUGGGUGUCAACAUGAUUGCAUCAACACAUUUGGAAGCUAUAUUUGCCAGUGUAAAAAUGGGUUUGUGCUUCAUGAGAAUGGCCAUGAUUGUAAAGAAGCUGGCUGUGAACACAGGCUUAACAGUGCAGAAGGAACAAUGGCAAGUCCAAACUGGCCUGAUAAAUACCCCAGCCGAAAAGAGUGUACCUGGAAUAUUUCUUGUACUCCUGGUCAUCGGGUAAAAAUUACUUUUAAUGAAUUUGAAAUUGAGCAGCACCAGGAAUGUGCUUAUGAUCACCUGGAGAUGUAUGAUGGACCCAACAGCAAGUCCCCAAUCCUUGGCCGUUUCUGUGGGAGCAAGAAGCCAGAUCCUGUGGUGGCUUCUACAAACAGGAUGUUUCUCAGGUUCUAUUCUGAUGCAUCAGUGCAGAGGAAAGGGUUCCAGGCAAGACAUAGCACAGAAUGUGGUGGCCGGCUGAAGGCAGAAGUCCAGACCAAAGACCUCUAUUCCCACGCUCAGUUUGGUGACAACAAUUAUUCUGGACAUUCUCGUUGCGACUGGGUGAUUGCAGCAGAGGAUGGAUAUGGUGUGGAACUGAUAUUCCAGACAUUUGAAGUUGAAGAGGAGGCAGAUUGUGGCUAUGACUACAUGGAGGCCUUUGAUGGCUAUGACAGCACAGCACCACGACUGGGCAGGUUCUGUGGUUCCGGGCCUUUAGAAGAAAUCUACUCUGCAGGAGACUCGCUGAUGAUACGCUUUCACACAGAUGACACCAUCAACAAGAAAGGCUUUCAUGCCCGUUAUACAAGCACCAAAUUUCAAGAUGCACUACACAUGAGGAAGUAGUUUCAAUGCUCAUUAACUACAUCCCCACCCUUGAUACCAACACCUAACUCAGUUUUAUUUUCCUCAACAACAGUACUCUGUCAAUCUGAUCCAAGACAGUGUACAGUAUUUUGCUUCUAUGGAAACUCAAAAUCCAGCCUUUCUUUGAACAGAAUGAACAAGGCACUCUUUUUUGCUGACAUUUCAAGGACCAAAUAUUUUCCUUUAUUUGUUGCUGAAUUAUUUUUUUGAUCUCAAAGGGCUGUUUGAUUAUUUUUCAGCAAGACCAAGAUUUCAGUUGGAAGGGGAAGCUAGACAUCCAAGUGACUCCAGUGGAUACACUUUGCCUCCCUUACUCUUUGGAUGGAUAUAUGGUGGAUGGAUGGAUGGAUGGAUGGAUAGAUGGAUGGAUGGAUGAAUGGAUGGAUGGAUGGAUGGAUGAUGGGAGGUAUUGGGUAGGUAUAGAGGCACCUGAGACUGUCCUUCCCUUUCAGAAAGAAAUCAAUUGAAUGGGAGACAAUGUGAACUUGUUGGGCCUUUUCCCCUAGUCAUUUAAAUCUAGACCAUGUGAUACAUGACAAGCUUGAUAAUUGUUGAUUUAGAUAUACUGUACAUUAAUUCCCAAAAGCAUACCACUAUUCUGAUUGUAGAGUGUCUAAAAGAACUGCCUUUUUGUUUGUUGCUAGGGCAUAUUGGAACACAGGAAUAUAGGACCUUAAAGCUAAGGGACAGCUCAGUGGAUUUAGAGCCAGGCCUAGAGAUGGGAGGUCCUAGGUUCAAAUGUGGCCUUAGACACUUCCUAGCUGUGAGACCCUAGUAAAGUCACUUAAUCCCCAUUGCCUAGCCCUUACCACUCUUCUGCCUUGAAACCAAUAUAUAGCAUUGAUUCUAAAAUGGAAGGUAAGGGUAUUUAAAAAAAAGCUUGAAGGGAUUCUUGAGCUCAUGUAGUCCACAUCAUCAUUUUACAAAUAAGGAAACUAAGGUACAGCAAGGUAAAGUGACUUGCCCAAGAUCACAUGGCUACUUAGGAGCAAAACUGAGACUACAACUCAGGUCUCCUAACUCCCACUCUUUCCACUAAACCAUAUUGCCUCCCAAAAACCUGUGGUAUGCCAUAGGUUGGAAUGCUGGUUUAAUGCCAAAACCAGGACUUUGAAUUUCUGAUGGUGUGUAGGGAGAUCCUGUGUCCAAGGGAAGUGGAAUGGAGCUGUUAUAUGGUUCUCUGUCUAUUAGGGUGGGUAGGAGGGAAUCAUCAAUCUCUCUUUGCUUCUUCCCAAUUGUCCUUCUAUGUAUGAGCCAAGCAGUCAGCAUGGUGCCCUCUCUGUAGCAUAGUUGGACUGCCAUGGUGAGAAUGUCUGUCAUGUUGAAAAGAGAUUAUUUUCUAGCCUCAGAGGGACCAUCUUGUCUCUAAAGUAACCUCGAAGGAAAAAUGCUCUUCAAGAGACCAGUUUUUUCAUCCAUGUGGUCUAGAGCUCAGAAAAAUUGUAAACUAAGUGAGGAUGGUCAUGUGGUGGUCCAUGUUAAUUGUCUGCAAGUUCCAUUGGCAGAUCAAGCUAAGAAAAAUGACCUCAAUGAAAUUCUCAAGACCAGACUACCAAUUUGUGAUCUGAAUGAACAAGGCUUGGCAUUUCUUUAGGAGAAAUGCAAAAGCUGAAUCUUUAACAUUUGUACAGCAUCAUGAUAUAGUUUUAGAAGAAGGUUAGUUCUGAAUGGCAUUUCCUUAAGGCAAAUGUGGGCAUUAUGAGCUAAAAGCUGUGGUAUAUUAGCUUUAAUGAAGUAUUUAUGAUUAAAUAAUUUAAAAUGAUGUUUACAUAACCUUAAAGGACCAUUAGGUAAGAAGUUGGCUACACAUAUGUUUCAGACAUAGAUUGUUCUCAAUAAUAUUAAAGACAACUCCCAUGCCUUUGGGGAUUAAAUGAAAGUCAUUUAAACUGUAGUAAAGUUAAAGUAAUAUUUUAAAAAUUGGAAAAUCCCAUCAUAAGAAAUGAUUCAAACCAAAUGAUGGCUGGGAGUUUUUUUAAAAAGUUAUUCAAAGGUAAAGGGAAAUGCAUGAAAAUAUUUUCUUGCUUUAAACAGGAAAAAGCAAAGUAAUAAUAAUAUAUAUGUAUGUAUGUAUGUAUGUAUGUAAAGGAUCAGUAGUCAAAGCCUUAAUAAAUGUAAUGUGAAAAUGUUA